UCGCUCGCUGAGCAACGUGAAAGAGAAUAUAUGAAGGUGUUACUAUAAUAUCUGGAAGCAUACUUGUGUGGCUGAGGAAAGAAGCUAUUGAAAUUUAUUGUGCAAAAUCACUGGUGUUUGAGCUUAGUCAACAAUUACUGGAUUAAUAAUAAGAAUACACUGUGAAGAAUAAAACAUUUAGGAGAGACGACGUGUCGCCCUCGCAGCCAAUCCUUCUGAACAAACUUUUCCCCGAGAACAUGGCUGACAAAACUCCACCUUACAUUCCGGAGGAUUACCUUCCCCUGGAGGAAGAGACUGCUCUUCGAUCCCAAGUUCGAACUCAUUGUUCUGGUCAGCUCUUCAAAGCAGUGGAAGAUGGAGAUGUGGUAAAAGUGCAGGAAUUGAUACAAGAUACAGGAGCAGCUGUGAGGAAAAACAAGACCAGAUGCACACUCCUUCAUGCUGCAGCGUCUCACAACCAAGCAGAUGUGGUGAUGUUUCUGCUGAAAUUGAUCAGUCCCAAUAUUACCAACGAGGAGGGACAGACUCCAGCUCACGUGGCCGCUGAAAAGGGUCACACACAAGUGCUGAAACUUUUAAUGUGUGACUCUGACUUCGAUGCCGACAAGCGGGAUAAUCGUCACAACACAGUAAAAUCCCUACUUGGUGGCCAUCUGUUCAAGGCCGUAUUAGAAGGGAACAAGAAAGAAGCAGAAAGACUGUUGGCAGUUGGUGCAGACCCAGACAGUCACGGUGGAAAGCUGGUGAAUGGAGUGUUGGCACGAGAGCUUGGAGUGACUACAGCUGGCCUCCUGGCCAGUGCCCUGAAUAUGGAAUGGGCUGUAACCAUGUUUGCCAAGAAUGCAAGAAAUGAUAAAACCGGUGAAACUGGCCUUCUGACAUCAGCUGUCUCAAACUCUGUGCAACUUAAAGUUCCCACGCGAAAAUUUCGUGUGAGAUAUGAAACGGCAAUUGAAGGAGGUGCUGAUGUGUACAAGAUGGACAAGGAGGCACGAGGCUUUGUUCGCAUCUUUAACUUCAGUUGUUUCAAGGACAGAUCCGACCUGAACUUUCAGGAACUCGACUGCGAUGCUUCCAUAAUGUCAGAUGUAUUUGAUAAGAUGGGAUACAUGUGUGAAACACACUCGUCACUCACGGCUCAGCAGACUAAGGACGUCAUGAAAAACAUUAGGGAUGGUGAUGAGCUAACAGACGUCGGAUGUGCUAUAUUUGUCAUUUAUGGAUAUAGUGUAAAUGGCAGGAGUGUUCUUACGUCUGACAUGAAAUGUGUAGACAUCGACUAUAUGUUGAAUGCGUUCAAAGAUUCCGAAUGUCCUCAGCUCAAAAACAAACCCAAAUUUUUCAUCUUCAAUUUAUACAACACGAGUGAAGUUCCCACGAACUCAGGUAACCAAACUCCGAAAGUGGUGAGAUUGACAGAUCCUCUGAACGACAUGGUUUGUAUAUAUUCGAACAGCAUUGGUGUGAACUGUGUCCCAGAUGGGGAAGGAACUUCCUUCAACUGGUGUUUGUGUCGCACUUUGGCACACCGUGCUGCUGUGCAGGAAUUUGGUGCUCUCUAUCGAGCAUUCCUGAAGGAGUACAGCAAUAGCUCUCCUUCUUCGUCACCCGAGUUGAGGUAUUUUGGCUUCACCAAGAAAUUCUUCUUUAAUCCUAUGCAAAUUGACUGAGACCCUCUGUGAAUGAAGUUUAUAUCUGAUUUUUACACCAUUGAUUUAAGAGAUCUACAAUGGCAUAGUCAAAGUAAUGGAUUUAUAAUUAUUUACCAAAUUCUUUAAAGAAAAUGCACUAUUGAUAUAUUGUUAAUUUUGACAAAUGUUGACAAGUAACAUCCUGGUACAAUUCCAAUUAAUAUCUACCAUAGUCACAUUUUUUACUUUGUAUUUUUUUUUCUUUUUAUACAUAGAGAUUGCUUGAUAGAUAUAUUGUUAUAUGUACUCAUAAUCUAGUUUAUGUAAAUAUGGACAUAAUAUAUUUAAUUAUUCAAAUGCCGUACAUUGUAAGC